GGAUUGCGGGGCUGCUUUCCGGCCGCCCCGAGCUCCGAUUUGACGGGUCCGGGAGGGCGGGGUGCGGGGAGCCAGCGAGCAGGUGUGGGGCGGCCUCACAACCUCACGGCCGCGCCAGCAAAGCCCCCGGCCGGGCCCACGGGAGUGUUCGUGGGGCUGGCCUCCGCUUUGCUUGGAAGGGACGUAGCGCCUUCCCGAGCCUAUUGGUGGGAGAGGGGUUCUCCGUCUCACCCCGGCCAAAGUGAGAAGGUGAAGAGGCUUUCUAUCGGGGGAAAGAGGCUCCUGUUUACAACUGCUGUAGCCCGGGGAAGAGCUGCAGUUAAUGGGAGUGUCAGCGGGCUAGACGUCCUGCACCCGAAUCUGCGGCGCUUAGUUCUGUGCCCGGGACGGGAUUCUUCCCGUUUGGGGAUCGGAGUGUGGCACUGCCGCCGGCGAGCCUGCCGAGUUCCGGGUCCUGCAGCCCAGCAGGAAGAGGUGUACCUUUCUAGAGCCACCCUUUUGCAGUCUUGAACCUUAAGAAAAGAUGUGGAGUGGGCUGCUACCUCCUGGCCUAAAUGAAAGCGAUAUUGAGUUGAAUUCUGAAGAUGAAGCCCCAUUAGAGAACUCUGGAUUUAACUUACAGGAAGAUAAAGAAGAUGGGGCCAUUACAGAAACAGAGGUCUCAGAUUUCCCAACUGAUGGACCAAAGCCUGGAGUAGAGGCAAAUGUAAAUGCAUAUGAAGAAUGCCCCUCUGGAAUUCCCUUAACUAUGUGGCAUAAAUUUCAAGAAUUGCAUAAAAAACAUUCUGAACAGAAAACCUCAACUUCAGGAUUCAGAGGGAAAAAAAGAAAACGCUCCAGGAAAGGUAAAUUGAAGAAUGAAGAAGAUUCUCAUAGUGAACAGACCUCAAGUGAAACCCAGUGGAAGGAGCUUACUCAGUAUUUUGGAAUCAAUGAUAGGUUUGACCCCCCUGUUAAAAAGAAAAAAAUUGACAAGUCAGGCCUUGAAAAGAGCAUAGACCAGGCUGUGGAAGAGUGGAACAUUGAGAAGGCUGAGGAACUCAGCAACCAGCUAGCUACUCGAGAGCUUGGUGUAAAAAUUGCCAAGGCGGUUGCCUGCCACAACUUUGUAAAAGCCAAAAAGGACGCUGAAAAUUCACAGGUUGCCCGAAAAAAGAAGAAACUUGCAUGGGGGUUUGAAGCAAAGAAGAGAUGGGAAACCAAGAGCAACAUGGGAUAUAUGUAACUUGCCAGAGUUCCUCAAGACACUUGAGUCUUGACUUGGGUUUUUGCUUGAGUCUUCAACUGCUCAAUUUACUGAGAAGAUUUACCUGCUUAUGUUAACUAUGUCAGGAAACUGAUAGAUCGGAAAAAUAAGCAUAAAAUUUGGGAGUUGAUUAUUAAAUCUUUUCAGUCUUUUUCUAAAGAGUUCAGUCUAUUGAAGUGAAUGAGAUGGAGCAUUCUGUUAUUUGUACAAGAACUCUAGGCAUACAUAGGAAAAAAGAUAGGACUUUAUUUGUUUAUUUACUUAUUUAUUGAAUCCUCCA